AUUCAGAAUACGAGAGUGAACAUGGCUCGCAGUUUUCAUUUGUUUAAAGAUAACGUAUCGUAUUUUCGUUUUUUGGUGGAGAGAGACAGAGAGUGUUUAACACUUCAGUUCUGCCAGUGACAUUGGUUGGCUCUUGUUCAACAGCAUCUUUCCUUCCCAUUUAGAUUUCAACAUUUUGUCAGAAACGAUAAACACUUUCAUGUGCAAAUGUGGGUGCACGCACUUUAUUUAUAAAAUUAAGUUUAACAAAAUUAGCAUGAGCUCUGACAAAUCUCGUAGACGAGGGUAAUUAAACCUGUUUUAGUUAAAUACACCGUCAAUUAUGGGUCUUGACGCUGUAAACAGGAGACUCUUGUCUCCCAAGUUGCACUACUUUUUGUACUUUGGAGGCAUGGCAUCCUUCUGGCCGUUCGUUACCGUUUUCGCGAAGCAACUGGGAGUGACCGAAGUUCCCGUGGGCCUGCUCUUCACAAUCGCUCCCAUCACUGGACUGAUUUCAAUGCCACUCUUUGGAGCCAUUGCUGACCGCUUCAAAAUGAAGAAACAGCUCUUUCUCAUCUUCAACUUGAUCAAUUUCGUGGUCGUCAUGCUGUUCGCCUUUCUCCCGACGGUAAUUCCCACCAGGAACGUGGCCUUCGAGUGUGGCGUGGGUACGUCCUACUUGCUGCAGAACAGGACAGGAUUUCAGGCUGGGGUGAAGAACAAGUGCAACGUUUCAGAAAUUUUGCUCUCAUCCCAGUCUGAACAUUCAUUGGAUUUGUGCAAUUUAAAGUGUGACGUGACACAUUUGGAGAGACAGGAAUUGUGCCAAGUUUUUCUGGGUGGACAUAAACCCUCAUUUUGCGGCAGUUCUGGAGAUGAGCACGACAACGAAGAUGCGACCAGUUUAAUCACGCUGCAAAAUUUACAAGUCAAAACUUCCCAUGCAAUUAUUGUGGAUGAGAUUUUGCACCUCCCUGUCGCCCAAGUUGUCGAGGGGGAAGUGGAGUUUGGCUUCUCGUGCAGCGAAAAGUCCAUCUUGGCCUCAUGUGAGGUGGACUGCUUCACCAACCAGGCGCUGGACUUCCGCUUACAAAAGAUCCCGGAAGCCAGCAACGUGUACACUUCGAGGGUUUUCUGGUCGUACGUGGCUCUCGUGCUUACCACGUGGAUUGCCUUUGCAGUAGUGACCUCGGUAGCGGAUGCAUUAUGCUUUCAAUCCUUGGGAGAUCAGCCACACCUUUAUGGAGUGCAACGCCAAUGGGGGGCAAUGGGCUGGGGCUUGUUCUCACUAAUGGCAGGGGCUCUGGUCGACUAUAGAAGCCAAGGCUCGCUUAUUAAGGACUAUUCGCCAUGCUUCUACAUAAUUGUGGUCUUGUUGCUGCUAAAUUUUCUGGUCUGUUACUAUUGGGAAGUUAAAGAGGAGCCGAAACCACACUCCCUGGGGAAAAGUAUAUGGGAGCUGAUAACUAACCCUAAAAUUUUCGUAUUUAUUUUAGCCUGUAUCGUUGUGGGGACUUGUACGGGACUUUUGUGGCAGUUCCUGUUUUGGUACACGGAAGAUAUUGCAUCUUGUGAAAACAUGAAGUACAUCAAAAUACUUCAAGGACUCAUCAGCAUUGUGCAAUGUUUCGGGGGCGAGCUUCCAUUCUUCUAUAUUUCCAGUUGGUUCAUCAAGACGCUUGGGCACGUUCACUGCAUGACGUUAGUGUUGGGUGCUUUUGGCCUGCGUUUCAUAAUAUAUUCACUCUUGACAAAUCCUUGGCACAUUUUGCCCGUGGAACUGUUACAAGGAGUUACGUAUGGAAUAUUUUAUUCAAAUAUGGCAUCUUACGCGUAUGUUGUGAGUCCCCCAGGCAGCGCUGCCACUGUGCAAGGGAUUGUUGGGGCUGCUUUCGAAGGCAUAGGCGUCGGUAUAGGAAGUUUUCUUGGUGGAUUCCUAUAUAAAACUAUUUCCGGUCGCUUGACAUUCAGAGUGUUUGGAGUUGUCACUUUUAGCUUCUGUGUGAUUCACCAUUUGAUAAUGAAGCUCAUAAACAGGAGAUUUACACCGGUGGCUCAAGCAGAUACCGAAGGUUACAGGAAUGGUCACAGUAAGCUCGAGGAAAUGAAGGACAUGGGUGCGGGCACAAAACUAGACUAUGACAGUGAUACGUAGGAGUAGCGUUUUAUUUAUUAGUCAAGUCAGGUCAGUGGUGGUGCCAUAUAUCUCCAUGUACAACUCAAUUGAUAAUUAUUACUGUGAUUAACUGUCGAGUGAGGUAUGCUUAUUGCUAUUUAUACGUGUUUAACUAUGGUUGAUCUUAAUAAACGAAUUUAUCCAAGUA